GUUUAGCGAUAAAAGAUCUGAGACAAGUUGAACUCAAAGUGGGAGAACUGAGACUGAAAACCCAACCGAGUUCAUGACACUCCUUCGCCCUCUCUUCUCAAAACCCAUCAACAGCAGAACACCACCGCCACUUGUGAUCCUUUCUUCCAAACCCAAUGCCUUCUUUCCCUUCAAUCCUCGUGCUCUCAAGUUCGUCGUCUCCUUGGCUGCCGCCAGCUCCAGGCCCGGCAUUUCUUCCGCCCCACAACCCUCCUCCUCGCCGCUGAUCCCUUCCCCCACUCUCUCCUCCGACUCCGGCACCUCGUCCAGUGGAGUAGAGGCCAUUGAGGCACUCUUGGAGAAGGUGAUAUAUGGGUGCCGGUUCAUGGCGUUUAUGGCGGUGAUGGGGUCUUUGAUUGGCUCUCUCCUUUGUUACAUCAAGGGCUGCACUUAUGUUGUACAAUCUUUUGUGGAAUACUUUGCACAUCGUAGUAAGGUCAUCUUGAUACUGAUUGAUGCCAUUGAUGUUUAUCUCUUGGGAACAGUGAUGAUAGUAUUUGGAAUGGGUCUGUAUGAGCUAUUCAUCAGCAAUCUCAACUCAGUGAAGUCUCUCUCAGAGGAUGAAGCACCUUAUACAUCGAGUCUUUUUGGCAUGUUUAUUCUGAAGGCACGACCGAAGUGGUUAGAUAUCACAACUGUCAAUGAACUGAAAACGAAGGUCGGCCAUGUAAUUGUAAUGCUCCUUUUGAUCGGGUUGUUAGAGAAGAGUAUGUUAGCAGUUAUACAAUCUCCUCUCGACUUGCUUUGCUUUUCAGCCUCUGUCCUCCUUUCCUCUGGUUGCCUCCUUUUACUUUCUAAGCUUUCGUGAAGUGAGACUGUAUAUCUGUGGAUGAAAACUCAUGUGACGAAUGCAUAUUACUUUAGUGUAUAUCAAGAUAACUGUUCUACUUGAUAGUCGUAGCAAUUAGAAAAUGUAAUUCAAAUCCAACUGAUAAUGUGGCUCCAAAUGUUUACUGUAUUACUGUAAAUUCUAAUUUCGAGGCUGGUUGCUUAGUAUGACAUUCUUGUAUAUUACUCACGACCUUACGAUGUU